AUGUCCUAUCCGGACACUCCCAGCCUCUUCAUCGACAGGCAAUACGACAGAUGGUAUGUCAUCCUCUACCCCAGGGUGCUUAGCUACGAUUUCCAUGGGUACCAAGGGGUGCGGGCGCUCUCGCACGCUAUGCUCUGCGGCAAGGGCUCCGUCGUCCAAGCCAUCGACCAAGAUCUCAUCUUCGUCAAAAGAGAGGGUGACACCGGCGCACGGCUAUAUGACACCUUUUUCAGAACGGCGGUCAAGUUGUUGUAUGAUAGUUCUAUAAUAAUGAGUGCUGCGGAGGGGAGUACGCUGGAUGCUGAGUUGCGGGCUGCUGGGGAGGCACUUGCGGGGAUAGUUUUCGUGACUGCUGCUGAGAUCGCGAUGGUCAACGCGCUCAUGGGAUAUAUGGGACCGUAG